CCACUUUCCCUCUCGCAGUUCUCCUAUACCGCUAGUGUUGUCUGGUGGGGAACGGCGACAACUCUCUUAGAUUCCGUCGUCUUUCUAGUAGGCAAAAUGUCAGGGAAACCAAUCGUUAAAAAGAAAAAACUUUCAAUAGAAGAAAAAACAGCCAUUUCGCUGGAAAAAAAACUUGCUCGUGAUAAAAGAAAAGCAGAUGCCAGAUGGUUAAAGCGAAAUCCAUUAAACCUUCCGUUUGUUUCCAGGUAUGGGGAUUUCAAAGAAGAAAAUAAUGAAAUACUUGCCAGAAAAGCUGUUAAUAAAGUUUCUAAAAUGAAAGGAUUGGUAAAUAGAAACCCUGUUGAGGAAAGUGAAACAGACCUUCUGCCACACAAUGGAAAUGAACUCGAACAACAUUCUUCUACAUCUGCAUAUGAUACGAGGUCUACAGCUGACAGCUGUGCCAGCACAGUAUUGUUGUCAUGUUUACUAAAAAAAAGGAUGAAGCAGCAGAAGGAGAGAAGGCUGAAAAUUUGUGGAAAGAAAAACAAGAGGAUGUCUACAAGGCUUUCGUAACAUCACAUGCCUCAUCUGCUCAUGGAGAGGUUGUGUUCUUCAGAUGGAUGUCUUAAUUCUUUUUUUGACCAUGAUAUUCGCUGUGAUGAUUGUAAACGUCACUUCUGCCAUAGCUGCGAUAAAUCCAUUCAUUUUCGGUUACCGUUCUAUAAACGAAUAUGGCUUAAUACGGAAAGCUCUAAGGUAUUGGACCACACACAAUUUAUUAAGGAAAACGGAUCAGUUUCCAAGCAAGAGGUUCCAGUACCAGUAUUUAUUCCUUCAGCUUUCCAAAAGUAUCAAUCGUCUUCUCUUUCAAUUGCUGCUGGAAACGACUUUUGUAUCGUCAUUACUGCGAAUGGAAGGUUUGAUCUAAGUACAGCUUUGUUUUGCUGCAAUUCAUGCGAAUGUACUUUCGAUUUCACACUUGAUGAUUGCAUUCUAUCCGGUUUUUGGCCACCCGUGCCUGACAAGUUCACUUUUCUAUGUUGCAGUCAGCUGCUAACUCUGUGGCAUCAUCUAAAAUUGCUUACCCCAGGAACUUCUGAACAAAAGUUCUUGGAAACGAUUUCAGCUAUGUUAGUAGAGGGAUCGAGAUGUCCCUCAAUUAAAACUUCUAUGUUUGCAAGAGCUAGCCAGGCUCAUGAGUUUACCCGAUCCUUGACUGAUUCACGAAUAAAGCAGAUGGAUACGCUUUCAUGUCGUGCCUGUAUUGAUGAAAGAACGGGGAAUCCUUUCCUCCUCUCCGGCCAUCCUGAUGCAAAUCAUAAACUAACAAGGACUGAUCGUAAAAAUGAACGCCCAGCUAGGUCUUGGUAUGGUAGUGAGGUUAUUGCUGGGAAGGAACUUAAUAUUUCGAAAUCCGGAAGACUAAUAUUCUUAAAAGUUAACAUGUUAUCGGAAGAAAUCUUGAGAUUAAAAGCUGUUUAUGACGAAGCAUGGUCAUACCUCCGAUACUUCUGCGAAACCCCCAUUUUCUCUGAAUCUUUGCUUGAUGUUGAUGAAAGUGAUGACUACGAUUCCGACACUGAUAGUGAAAACGACGAGGUUGUGUAGGAUGUUGUGUGAUUUAUUAUUAAGCAGCUUGCGCCUUGUCUAAAUUACAUAAUCUGACUGUAAAACUUGGAAUAUAUCAUACGGUACCUGCA